AUGAACCUCAAUUGUCGGCUUUACUGGCCCGUCAUCCAGCACCACGUCUACGACAGGCAGCGAUCUGUCACUGAUAACACGCUUACCGCGUCUCCAUUCCGCAUAGAGCGUGCUCUGUCUCAUGAACAGGGAAGCCCUAAGAAAGAGAUAUUGGGAGCCUUGAUCUGCGGACUGUGCGUGGGAUCCCUGUUUGCCUACAUUUUCAUCUCUUCCUCCUACGAUUUGCUUCACCCCCGUGCCCUUUUCUACUCUCGAGCGGAGCGGGAGCGGGGUCCGAUCCCCACGCAUCCGGAGGUGGACGGGAAGGCUGUCCUCGGUGACCAUUCCCGCCAGGAAGUCGCUCAUCGAGGUGAAGGGGUGUUGGCGGAAGAGAUCUCGAGGAGGGUGAGGGUCCUGUGUUUGGUCUUGACCCAGCCGGAGAACCACGAGAAGAAGGCCAAGCACGUGAAGGCCACGUGGGGGAAACGAUGCAAUGUCCUUCUCUUCAUGAGUUCCCAGGAAGACCCAUCCUUGCCCACCGUGGCCUUGAAGGUGAAGGAGGAUCGGGACGAGCUGUGGAACAAGACCCGGGAGGCGUUCCGAUACGUGUACCAGCAUCACCGGAACGACGCAGACUGGUUCCUCAAAGCAGACGACGACACCUACGUCAUCGUGGAGAACCUCCGCCACAUGCUCCUCCACCGCGACCCACUGGAGCCAGUCGUCUUCGGCUGUUGGCUUUUGGACCCAUUUAAAGGCUACGUGCUGAGCCGAGAGGCGCUGGCGAGAUUCGUGGAGAAGGCCCUGCCCAAUCCCAAAUUAUGUUCUCUUCGUGGGAUCGCCGAGGACGUCUCUAUGUGUUUGUCCCUCUUACUUUGA